AUGACACAUACUGAAGAAAAAACACUGGAUUUGAUCCUUGACAAUGAGCAGAGAGGUGGUUACAGCUCUGGUGAAGUAGUAUCUGGACAUAUUUCACUCAAACUCUCAGAAGAAACCACAGUCAAAACCAUAAAAGUUUUGCUGAAAGGAUAUGCUCAGGUGAGCUGGAUGCAUAAGCAGUCCCGCUGUUCAGAAGAGAGGAAAUACCUUUCCUUAUCUAAGACACUUGUAGGAGCUACAGGUAUCCAAGGCUUCAUCCUUGAUAGUGGCACACAUGUAAUCCCUUUUGUACUGCAGCUACCUCAGAGCCCCUUGGUUUCCUCAUUCUCUGGAAAACAUGGUCGUGUUUACUAUAUGGUGCAGGCAGUUUUAAAAAAGCCUUUCACUGAGAAUCAGUGUGUUUGCAGAGAGCUUUGCAUCAUUAAUCACAUCGAUGUUAAUAUGCCAACAUUAAUAUCUCCUGUAUCACAAACCUGUAAGAAGAUGAUCGGCUGCUGGAUAUUUGCUUCAGGUCCCAUCUCACUGACUGUCAACAUAGAUCGACAGGGUUAUUGCAAUGGAGAAUCAAUCCCAAUCGAUGCUCUGAUUGAGAACCGCUCUUCUCGCCUAGUUUUGCCAAAAGCAGUGUUAUACCAGAAACAGACCUACAUGGCCAAUGGCAAAACAAAAAUCACCAAGCAGGUGGUUUUCAGUGCUAGAGGAAAUGUAGUGGCAUCAGACUUUUCCAGUAGAUGGAAUGGAAACGCACUGAAGAUUCCUCCAGUUUCUCCUUCCAUCUUGAAUUCAGACAUCCUGAGGGUGGAAUACUUCCUUUCAGUUAUUGUUGAGAUACCAGGUGCCAAAAAUCUGAGGGUGCAGCUUCCAGUGGUGAUUUGUACCAAUGUUCUUGGCAACAGCUUUGACAUGAGCAGCCAUUCCACUGUGGGUUUGCUAUACCCCACAUUUACCCUACCAGAUGUAGCUGAAGCCCCUCCCAGCUAUGCAGAGGUUGUGUCAGAGGAAUGGUUUGAGGAGCACAGAACUUUAACCUGUCAGUCACAUCCAGACUGGUUGUUGGAUGGUCCAGGAUUCAGUUGCAUUCGUCAUUUCCACGUCCAGCCUCCUCCAUCUUAUUCAGAGAUUUACCCAAAUGAACACUGAGAUUUUUGUCAAAGAUGCUUUUUGUGGAGAACAGUCAGAAUCACCAUCGUGCCUUUCAAUUGCGCCAUCGUUCCUUUUUCUUCUCUGGAGUGUUUCUGGAUUAUGGACGGCAGAUCAUUGAAAUGUUUCUUCUUUUGUUUUGAUCAUGAGCUCUUUUCAAAGUUCUGAAAGAUGUAGCCUCACACAGCCAGGCCUUGUUUUGACAGGUUUUAUAAUGUUGCAACCUUUUUUUUUCAGUCUCCUAUUUUGACAACUAUUUGACAACUCUCCCAAAUAGUUAGCUGGUUACUGGAGAGACUAAACUCCAAUGUGGACCAAAGGUAAUGCCAUCUGAAGUCUGACAGUGAAGAAAAAAAUCUCAACAUACCAGGAAUGUUUAUUUAUUUAGUAUAAAUGCUAGACUAAGUUUAUUUUGAGGUGUUGCUUUUGGGUUCAGGUUGAAAUACACAACUAUAAUGUUGGUGUCUAGUUUGUCUAUCAUGUCUAA